AUGCCUCACACUGUCGAAGUCGAUGCCGCAACCAUGAACAUCAAGGACGCCUGGGCCGUCAAGGAAGCUUGUGAGGCUGCUGAUGGCUACACUGUCGCCUCGAUGGGCAUGGAGGAAUGGAAAAUGACAGUUGACUAUGAGCAUGGUAUCGACAACGCGACAUAUGAAUUUGGCUGGCUCGUGAUUGCGAUUCAGAACGCGGGCUUCACGGUCACUCAUGGUCAUAACAUGCACACGGCGAUUGCAGACUACCAGACCAUUGAUUUGCUAGUUACCAAAUAG